CAGAGCAUAAUAAUAAGCAAAAAAAGAGCAUAUUUAGAUUUGUGUUACUCAUUGGUGGUGGUGAACAAAUCCAAAGAUCUGCAGGAUCUUGGUGAUACCACAUUAGCCAGCACAUAGUCAAGAGUUAGUGAGUAUUGAUGGAGAUUACUGUGUACUAAGAAGUACUACCUGUACUGAGGGAAAAAUAAUUCUCUCACAAUCCCAAUAUGUUAGUUGUUCUGAUUGACUUAAAGUGCCGCAAAUGUGUUACAGCAUUAGAAUCACAUUGAAAAAUCUUGUUAAGCACCAGGGCAUUACAGUUGUGUUUAUAGCACCCCCUGCAGGAGACGAAGUGUCUUUCUGUUUAGAAACAACAGACAAGGAUUUUGUAUUAUUUUCCUUUAAAAUACACAUUUUAUUUAUUCUCUUUAGGUUUCAAUCGCAUCUAGUCGUGAUACUAUGUGUAUGUCCAGAAAACAACACAAUACAACAACGAAGAAAGUAUAAUUAAUAAAAUCCAAUUAAUCCAGGCAACAGCCCCAUUAUAUAAAUGUCCAUCCAGCAGAACUGAACAUAAACCCUGAGCAGGUGGUGACAUAGUGUGUGAGUGACAUAUAGUCUUCCACUACAACACUGUGCAUCAUCUCCACUGCUGGAUCACAUCCGUGGGUCGUCGCGUCCACUUGUCCUGACUGGGCGGGGUGAGCGCAUGUGGACAGAUUAGCUCCAUCAGUAUCCCUGUUAUCAGUGGGAUGGAUGGAUCAGUGAUGUCAAGGCUCCCUGGAUGCCGAAUGCAACAGCUGCGUGCGUCUGUGUCAUCACUCCGCACUGUGGGAGAUUUUGGUGAGGUGGAGAUCAUGCUUUGUCAUUGAGGAGCUCAGCAGCAGCAUUCUCUCAUUCCGGCGCGGCACGUCCGACGCUCAACAUGCUGCAUCCUGAUGUUCUCUCGUCUGCGGGCUGUGUGAUAACUGGGAUUUUCACGCAAAUUCUACUCACCUCUUUCACAUGACCGUCGGAUUGAGGUGGCCACGUAGCGUUGACGCAUCUCAAUUCCUCGGACCAAGGGGAGAGAGGCACGUCCCGAGUGCCAAAUGAGAUACCUGUCCUGCGGAUGGUGAUGCGGAAGAUGCGCUGUUACUGUUUUGCCUCCCGUUGCGUCCUGAGUGCACGAGUUUCAUGAUUUAUCCAUUUAUUUGCCUGAACUACACUUAAAGCCCACACGUUCUCUUUCCUAACAAUGGAAAGAUUUCAGUCUUCCAUGCGCAAAAGGCUGUACAGCUUGCCGCAAAACAUUGGGCAAAAAGCGUUCGUGAUUGACGAAGGAGAAAACGGCGACAAGGACACUAGCACUAAAAGUAUUCGCCUCAAACAUUUGUCCUCUCCGUCUCCUGCGAGCAGUUGCAGGAGCAUCGAGGAGGCCAGGAGUGAAGACUUGGAGAGGACAGAGGUUCUUGUGAAGACCAACUUGAAUGGGGACUGUCGCCUUUUCAGAGGCAGCAUCUCUUCCAUCACCGGGCGACAUCCUCCCGGGUCUGAUCCAGCUGAACAGCAGCGCCUCCUCCCUGAGGCUGACGCCUCGGGCAGUGAUUCUGCCCACACUGAGCCUGGUCCGGGGGCCCAGCAGCGGGCAACCGGUGGGACGAGUAGCACAGCCGGGCAGGGAUCUGUGUUCGACCAGUCAACUUUCAUCAAGUUGGAGGGGGCAGAGCAAUUAACACCUGAGGAUGACAGGCUGUACCAGGCCGGCUUCAUGCACCGCCAGUUUGGGGCGAUGCUCCAGCCGGGUGUUAACAAGUUCUCCCUGCGGAUGUUGGGGAGUGAGAGAGCCGUGGAGCAUGAGAGAGAGCGGGUCAAGUCUGCUGGGUUCUGGAUAAUUCAUCCAUACAGUGACUUUAGGUUCUACUGGGACCUGACCAUGCUGCUGCUGAUGGUGGGAAACCUCAUCAUCAUCCCUGUGGGGAUCACCUUCUUCAAGGACGAGAACACGCCGCCCUGGAUCGUCUUUAACGUAGUGUCAGACACCUUCUUCCUUAUGGACCUUGUCCUUAACUUCCGUACUGGAAUCGUCAGAGAGGACAACACUGAGAUCAUCCUGGACCCGCAGCAGAUCAAAAUCAAGUACUUGAAGAGCUGGUUCGCGGUGGACUUCAUCUCCUCCAUACCUGUGGACUAUAUCUUUCUUAUCGUAGAAACACGCAUUGAUUCAGACUUUUACAAAACGGCCCGGGCCCUGAGGAUCGUACGCUUCACCAAGAUCCUCAGCCUACUGCGGCUGCUGCGUCUCUCUAGACUCAUCCGCUACAUCCACCAGUGGGAGGAGGUUUUCCAUAUGACCUAUGAUCUGGCCAGCGCCAUGGUGCGCAUCAUGAACCUGAUUGGGAUGAUGCUGCUGCUGUGUCACUGGGAUGGCUGCCUGCAGUUCCUGGUACCAAUGCUGCAGGACUUCCCUCCUGACUGCUGGGUCACCAGAAACAAGAUGGUGAACGACACUUGGGGUCAGCAGUACUCCUACGCUCUCUUCAAGGCCAUGAGUCACAUGCUGUGCAUAGGCUACGGUCUGUAUCCACCUAUAGGAAUGGCAGAUGUGUGGCUCACCAUCCUCAGCAUGAUCGUGGGCGCCACCUGCUUCGCCAUGUUUGUGGGGCAUGCCACUGCACUCAUUCAGUCCCUGGACUCCUCCAGGCGGCAGUAUCAAGAGAAGUACAAACAGGUGGAGCAGUACAUGUCCUUCCACAAGCUCCCAGCUGACAUGCGUCAGAGGAUCCAUGACUACUACGAACACCGCUAUCAGGGCAAGAUGUUUGACGAGGAAAGCAUUUUAGAGGAGCUGAACGAACCGCUGAGAGAGGAGAUCAUCAACUUCAACUGUCGUAAGCUGGUCGCCUCCAUGCCUCUCUUCGCCAACGCAGAUCCAAACUUUGUCACGUCCAUGCUGACCAAACUGCGUUUCGAGGUCUUCCAGCCAGGUGACUUCAUCAUCAGAGAAGGAACCAUCGGCAGGAAAAUGUACUUCAUCCAGCAUGGUGUGGUCAGUGUAUUGACCAAGAACAGCAAAGACACCCGGCUGACUGAUGGCUCUUAUUUCGGAGAGAUUUGCCUGUUGACACGAGGCAGAAGAACAGCCAGCGUUCGAGCUGAGAACUACUGUCGGCUGUACUCUCUGUCAGUGGACAACUUCAAUGAGGUCCUGGAGGAGUAUCCAAUGAUGAGGAGAGCCUUCGAGUUGGUGGCUCUGGACCGGCUGGACAGAAUUGGCCAGAGGAACUCUGUUCUUCAGCACAAGGUCCAGGACCACCAAAGUUCUGGUACACUGAAUCUCCAAGAGAAUGAGAUUAUCCAAAGAAUAGUCCAGCAUGACCGUGACAUGGCCCAGUGCACGCAGCUGAUUCAGACCAGCGCUGCACACAACCUCCCUGCUCCGUCUUCAGCCACCCCGGUCAUCUGGGCCCCUUUGGUUCAGGCCCCGCUCCAGGCUGCUGCAGCCACCACUCCUCUGGCUCUAGCCUUAGCUCAUCAUUCCCAGCUUCCUCCAAUCCUGUUCCACCAUUCUUUGGCUUCAGGCGCUGCCUCUCUGAAGGAAGCCCUCGGUCAGCCAAUGAAAGGCCCUAUUGGAGCCACCACGCCCAGCAGCUGUGGUUCAGGGCCCAGUUCUCCUGUCAGUUGCCCUAAAUUCCCUUCUGGGUUGGAGACUCCUACACCGGCAUCUCUCAGGACUCAGCAUCUCUCCACUGGGCCAUUGUUACCCACAGUGACAUCCCACCCCAUCUUCACCAGCAGCCUGCAGCCCCUGGCCCCUCUGCCAACACCUCUGCAACACCCCCCCCACUCAGGCAUAGCCUCAGCCUUCCCCAUCAGCCAGGCCACCGUCUCCUACACCUGCUCUGCGAAGCUUCAUUCACAGCCCUUCCAUGGAGCCAUGACUACACCACCUCACCCUUUUGGUUUACUCCAGCAGGGGGCACCAGGGAGGCUAGCAGUGAGAUUCCCUCCACCCUCAGUCUCCACCUUAAACCCCCUGAUCUGUAGUUCAGUCGGCCCCUUACUAACCCACCUACAGCAGUCCGUCCACCCCACACUACAGCCAGUGGGUUCUGGCCAUGACAGAGCGGGGAGGACACCUAGUGGUCCAAGCUUUGUGAAUGUUCCCUUCAGUACCAGCACUCAGAGCACCAGCCGGGUCAUACAUCCUGCAUCUACAGCCGGAGCUGCUGCCUCUCUGGCCCAGCACAGUCUUGCAGGUCUCCAGUCUGUGUUCCUCCCACAGGUUCUACCUGACCAUUCUGCUCUGGCAUCACUGGCCCAGUACGGCUCUGCAGACGCCUCCCCCUCCUACACCCCUCCCCUCCAGAGUCCUCGGAUUCAAAGCCCCGUGAAGGGAAGGACAGUUGACCACGGUGAGAUCCCCAGCACGGUGGGCUCUCAAAGGUCCCUCACACCUCAGACUUCAUGUCCUCCAAAGGCGUCCUGUGCCCUCAGUGAGGGGACAGAGACCUCUGGAGAUCUCUUCACGCAGGAAGUAAAAACUAUCUCAGGCUCUCACAGCUCGCUGCAGCAGGAAAGGCCCUUGGCCGUGUGCAGUUUCAUAGAAGGAGCUUCAGGGGCAUCGAGCUCCUUCUCUUCCCUCGUGGCCGUCAGUAAACCCUACAGUCCUGUCCCCGGUCAACCCACGCCUGUAAGUCGGACACAUUCAGGGCCUGAACCUCAGGAGCAGCCUGGUGGUGUUCCCUCUCCCCAUGCUCAGAUAAUAGAGACCAAACACAAACAGUCUACUCUUCCCUCCAACUUGUGAGGUUCAGACACACCCUCCACUGACGGCCGAACAAUGAGGGGAAGCUCUUCGUCCUGGUCAUUAGAAGUAGGAGGGUGUGUUGUCAUUUAGACUCGAAGCCUCUGGUGGUUUUUCAUCAGAGAGAAUUCAUAGGUAAUAAAAACAAUGACAGUUCCUUCUCUUACAAAUAAUUCUUUGAAUAUAAAAGAAUAAAUAAAAAAAGUGAUAAAUGAUGGACAUGUAUGUAUAGCACCUCUCAAAAAUAGUUUUGUGUAUUAUAACUACACUCCUGACGCCCUCCUGUCCAGGCUGUUUUUGUGUAACUUUUUAGUGAGGCCCAUCUAGUUGAAAGUCUAGUUAUAACUGAAACCAAAACAAUCGUCCUUUAUUUACUACUUCCCCACCACUCAGCAUAUCACGUGACCUCCCCCCCUGGAAAAUGUGAGCAGGCAGACAGCGCACUUUGCUUUCUUGAAUAUUUAAAAGUUUGAUGAAGUUGUGUCUUCCAAGAUUCACGUUUUAGCAAUAUUGCACACCGAAGUGGGUCUCAUAAAGUCAGUUUAAAAACAUCAACGUAACGAAUAUGCUGUCAGUGUUGGAGACAUGUAGGUAUUAUUGAACGUGUUAAAAUGGAAGGCAACCAUUUCCAUUUUGGACGUCCACAGCUGCAGCCACACAACUGACGCCAACUCUUUUCAGUCCAACACUGAUUCUGGUACAGAACAUACAUCCAAGCCAAGGUCUGUGUGCCACUAGCAUCAUAUGCAAUAAUCUGUGUUUUUCUAUGUUUUACAAAGGUACUGUGAACUGAAGCAUUUGUUGAGUGAAACUCUGUUGUUCGUUAAAACAGAUUAACUUGAGGAAAUCAAGCAAUUGUGGAUAAUCAUAUAUCCUGAAACCAGCCAUGCACUGAGAGUGAUCUGAAUGUCUUUUUGUUUUUUCUUUGCACAAAGGGCUAAAAGCAGUUACAUGUGCAAAUGGUUAUUAAAAACCCCGAUGAGUCGUACUGCUGCAUAUGUACCUCUGUCAUUGUUCAUUAUUGAAGCGUUAAUCUUUAUUUAUGUUGUUAAUCUGUUACUGCAUGGUCAUUUUGUGGACAACCCAUACUACAUAUAAUUAUGUUUUAAAGACUCUUACAUCCUAAUACGUCCAUGUGUUGACACUGUGCUUCCCUCUCUAUCUCUGCUGAUACCAGCUGUGCCCAGGUACAACGUCCACUCCAGUAACUCCAGCUGCAUUUUUUAUAUAUAUAUAUGUUUUUGCGUUGAUUUGCUGUGAACCAUAUGAGAAAUGGACGUAGCCAUUCAAUUGCAGUCGUGUUGACCUGGAGUCAACUGGAAGUAGGAAUUAACCUCUCAACGGCGACUAAUGAGACGACACACUCAGUCUAACACGUCACUAUUAGCCAUGUGAAAUCAUACUGUUGAACUGUGACAAUAAGAUGGGAAAAUUGACAACAAUGGACACGACUGGAGAAGGAAAAUCUUCAACGU